AUGCCCAGAAAUCCCAACCCAACGCAAUAUGACAGUCAGAUGACCAAAUUUAAGACGCAUGAGGCGCGUGCUCGCCGUACUAGCCACGCGAGCUCUCCCUCCCACGUGGCAGAUCCGGGUCACGGUCAAAUUCCCCGCUCGCGUACACCACAUCCGACGCGUAUCUCCACCGCGUCCGCGGGAGCAUACUCGGCCAUCGCGGACCAACCUCAGCUGCCACAUACGACCAGCGGCGGCGUCUCGCCCCACGGCUGGGGAGAGUCGUAUGGCGCCAGCAACCCGAGUGGUGGAAGCCAUUACCCUGCUUAUUCGCCAUACAAUACCAUGUCCUCCCACGACAUGUCGAGCACUCUCAUGGCUUCAGGGAACGCGCCACAGAUGGCGUACACGUCGUCGGGUCAGUGGAUUCUGGUGUUCAGGCUAGAUGGAGAGAGGCAGAGACAGUGCACUUUGCCAAUUGAGCAGCACCAGGUUCCCCACGCUCAAUGUCCUUGUGGGACUACCGUACGCAUUGUCCAUCUGCCUUCGAUUGUUGGCUGGACACCACCGUUCAACGUAUUGUGGAACUUCAAGAAAAAUACUUCCAACGCGUGGAUUGAAGGAACUACACCAAUCUCGAACUGCAUUUCUGCUGCGAAGUGCCCUUCGUGUGGAGCACAGAUCACACUACAUGCCUCUGCAGCUCCUGCGUAACUCGUCUAGACUCAACGUCAUGAGUCGUCUCGAAAAAUUAUUAUUGCUAAGCAUGCUUCGAUUUCGAUCUUCUUCUCUUUCCUUGCCCUUGCAUUUAGAUGGUCCUAGUGAUCCUUCUGGUUUUUUGCUCUUCACUGUCAGCUUUUUGCAGUGUUAUUCACACUGUUAGUGCUGUAUCUAUUGAUUCCAUUAUUCCCGAUAGUGUACCGAUAGUCCUCGUUGUUGAUUUGUCUCCGUGUUCUCAGCAUUUG